UAACAAGGCGCUUGAGGGAGACAGUGAGUCUGUGCUCAGGUACAGUAGCGCAUCGCGGAGAGGAAGAGAGGGAGUGGUAUUUAUAGCCCAGAGCCAGGCUGCAGCAGAUAAGGCUGGGAGCCAAGUCGAAGGCAGACAGGAUUAGGGAGAGAAGCAGGACACGACAAAAUGAAGCAGUUGAUGUCGGUCGUUUUAUUAGGGGCCGCAGCGGUCGCCUUGGUCGGUGCUGUUGGAACAGAUAGCGGGAUCUCCUUUGAGUACCACCGCUAUGAAGAGAUGCGGAAAGCACUGGUGUCCGUGUGGCUGCAGUGUCCUACCAUCAGCCGCAUCUACACCAUCGGAGAGAGCUUUGAGGGCCGGGAGCUUCUGGUGCUGGAGAUGUCCGACAACCCCGGGACGCACGAGCCAGGUGAACCAGAAUUUAAGUACAUCGCCAACAUGCACGGCAACGAGGCGGUGGGCAGAGAGCUGCUGAUCUACCUGGCCCAGUACCUGUGUACUCAGUACCAGCAGGGCAAUGAGACCAUUAUGGACCUCAUCCACAACACUCGUAUCCACAUCAUGCCGUCCAUGAACCCCGACGGCUUUGAAAAAGCUGCUUCACAGGUAACCGAAGCCACUCCUGGGGAGAUCAAGGACUGGUUUGUGGGCCGCAGCAAUGCGCAGGGUGUGGAUCUGAACCGUAACUUCCCAGAUCUGGAUCGCAUUGUAUACAUCAAUGAGAGGGAGGGUGGAGCCAACAACCAUCUGCUGCAGAACAUGAAGAAGGCUGUGGAUGAAAACACCAAGCUGGCUCCGGAGACAAAGGCAGUGAUUCACUGGAUCAUGGACAUCCCGUUUGUCCUCUCAGCUAACCUGCAUGGAGGAGACGUGGUGGCCAACUACCCAUAUGACGAGACCCGCACUGGAUCCACCCAUGAAUACAGCGCCUGCCCAGAUAACGUGAUGUUCAAGUCUCUGGCCAGGGCCUACUCCAUGUACAACCCAGUCAUGUCUGACCCUCACCGACUCCCCUGCCGUAAGAAUGACGAUGACUCCAGCUUCACAGACGGCAUCACUAAUGGAGGAGCUUGGUACAGUGUACCAGGAGGAAUGCAGGACUUUAACUAUCUCAGCAGCAACUGCUUUGAGAUCACCUUGGAGCUGAGCUGUGAUAAGUUCCCCACCGAGGACACGCUCAAGAACUACUGGGACCAAAACCGCAAUUCUCUUAUCAGCUACAUUGAGCAGGUUCAUCGUGGCGUCAAAGGCUUUGUGCGUGACCUCCAGGGCAACCCCAUUUCCAAUGCAACCAUUUCAGUGGAGGGGAUUAACCAUGACAUCACAACAGCCAAAGAUGGAGAUUACUGGCGCCUGCUGGCUCCAGGAAACUACAAGGUUGCUGCAUCUGCUCCAGGAUAUCUGACUGUCAUCAAGAAGGUUGCUGUUCCUUACAGCCCCGCAACCAGGGUUGACUUUGAGCUGGAGUCUUUGAUGGAGAGGAAGGAGGAGGAGCGGGAGGAGUUGAUGGACUGGUGGAAGAUGAUGUCAGAGACGCUGAACUUUUGAAGUGUGUUCGGUUGAUAGUUAAAGCAUUCACACAUUGAAGUAAUAUGUUCAGCAUUCUGUGUGGACGUCCCCUCAAAAAAAGAAGAAAGAAUAUAUUCUCUUUUUUUGUUUAGUUUCUCUUUCAAUCAUUAUUUAAAUUAAAUAUAUUGUUAUUGAUGUAAUAAUAGCCUCAAACUCCUGCGUAUUCCUGUAAACUCUCUCUCACACACACACAUGCUAACAGUGGGAGUACACCGUAGGCUAGUGUAAGGAAAAUAAGGCUGAUGUUAAUUUCCGUGGCAUUGUCUUCUUUAUUGUAUUGUAAGAUGUGACUAAUAUUCAGACCCAUCUAUAUAACCAAUGACUAUAUGUGUAUAAAUUACAUGGCUCUGUUUGAAUAUCAUCACUUUCACUUUUUUUAAUUCUCUCUUUCUCCAAGCACACAACUGUUUCCCACCGUCUGACAAACACUUGUUUAAAUUUUAACAAACAAUGACUGUGGUUUUAAAAA